AUGUUUCGAUUCAACACAAGCCAAAACGUUUCACUCUCCAAUCGGACCUCUCGUAUCAUCUUGGGAGGUGCCUUUUGCUUUGCUGGUCUCGUAUAUGGAUCCAUGGGAUGGGAACCUUUCAUGGAUGGCUAUCAUAGCACCACUCCGAGAUUUAAAGAAACCGUCGGAACGGUCAUUGAGCCUCAUGGUCAGACCUAUGAUCGUCGGGAUCCCAAUCAUCUCAUCGUUCCAGUGAUUGAAUUUAAAGCUGAAGAAAAACAUCAAGAUUCAUCGGAGCAUUCAAACUCAACAACACCAAUUAUUGCCUAUCGAACACUCCACAACAAGGUUUAUUCCAAUCUCUUCUUUGGGUUGGACAAACGAGAUGUUGCACAAUUAAACAUUCCUCAAUACAUGCCUCCCGGAACACGAGUCAAAGUUUGGUAUGAUGAAAAGGAUCCCACUCAUAGUGUAGUCGUUCCUGGAAUGGCAUGGGGAGCCAUGGAAACUAAUGCCUUUGCAUUGAGUUCUAUUAUUACAGGAGUUGUGUUAGGUUCAUGUGCCGAUGAUUUAUCCAAGGUGGAAAAUAUGAAAAAGUAUAAAGUGAGAGUGGGCAUAUUGGGACUUGCACUCGUCAUGAUGGCAGCGAGCAUGUCAAUUCCUUCGAGAUUGAGGAAGUACGUGUUGCAAGGUACUGAGGAAGAGAGGCGGAAAAGAUGGGUAGAUCCAUAUAUUGUGGUGGAAAAGAAUAAUGAGUAA